GUGAGGAGAGACCUGGCUGCAAAGUAGGAAGCUAGGCUAAACCCCUGAAGGACCGAAUUGAGACCCAGAGCAGAGUUAAUUAUGUCUGUGACUCAAGUGGAAGAUGGCUUUCUUUGUUGCACAAACUGGUCUUCUAAUGUGACAGUGAAUGGGACUCAAGAACCCUUUGCAAACCCUCUCACAGACUAUGAUGAGGAAGAAUUCUGGAAGGAAUAUCUGCAUCCCAAGGAAUAUGAAUGGGUGCUCAUUGUUGGCUAUAUUAUUGUAUUUCUUGUGGCUCUCAUAGGAAACAUCCUAGUUUGUGUUGCAGUGUGGAAAAAUCAUCACAUGAGGACUGUUACCAAUUACUUCAUAGUCAACCUCUCCUUGGCCGAUAUACUGGUCACCCUCACUUGCCUUCCUGCUACACUCGUGGUAGAUAUCACCGAGACCUGGUUCCUUGGAAACAGCCUCUGUAAGGUGAUCCCUUAUUUGCAGACUGUGUCGGUCUCUGUUUCUGUACUGACCCUUAGCUGCAUCGCACUGGAUCGAUGGUAUGCAAUUUGUCAUCCUCUGAUGUUCAAAAGCACAGCCAAGCGGGCCAGGAACAGCAUCCUUGUUAUCUGGAUGGUAUCCUGCCUUAUCAUGAUACCCCAGACAAUUGUUAUGGAGUGCAGCAGCAUGUUUCCAGGAUUGGCUAACAAGACCAUUUUGUUCACUGUCUGCGAUGAGCAUUGGGGAAGUGAAUUUCCCCCCAAAAUGUAUCAUACCUGUUUCUUCCUGAUAACCUAUCUGGCUCCACUGUGUCUUAUGGUGCUGGCCUACUUACAGAUUUUUCAAAAGCUGUGGUGUCAGCAGAUUCCAGGAACGUCAUCCAUGGUUCAGAGGAAAUGGAAGCCGCUGCAAUCCACAGCACAGACACGGGAACUGGACCCACCAGCACAUUUGAGGAUUAGAGUGGUGGCAGCUGAAAUCAAACAGAUUAAAACUAGGAGAAAAACAGCCCGGAUGCUCAUGGUGGUGCUCUUGGUUUUUGCCCUCUGCUAUCUCCCCGUUAGCAUUCUCAACAUCUUGAAAAGAGUUUUUGGGAUGUUUAACAAGGCUGAAGAUCGAGAAACGGUGUAUGCUUGGUUUACUUUCUCGCAUUGGCUUGUAUACGCAAAUAGUGCAGUAAACCCAAUUAUUUACAACUUUCUUAGUGGAAAAUUUCGGGAAGAAUUUAAAGCUGCUUUUUCUUGCUGCUGCUUUGGUAUUGGCCAUCACCAAGAUGCUUCACCCAGAGGAAGGACAAGCAUGGACAGUCGGAAGUCCUUGACGACCCAGACCAGCAAUUUUGAUCAUGCUGCAAAGCUCCCAGAACAUGUUGCCUUGACUGGUGUAGUCUCACUGCCCACAAAGGGCCCUGGAUUUGUUGAGAGCUGAUAGAUGGCUACUUUCUGUGAUAAAUCGUUGUCAUUUGAUCUGUGACUCCAGUUAUCUAAAACAGGGACCAAAAUACUUGGAAAACCGCAAAAGUGAAAUAAUAGAUUAUGACAAAGAUAAACUGGGCUAAUAUACAAAAUUGGAUGAUUUUUUUUUAAAAAAGAAAACAGACCUUUGUUUGGAAAUGUAUGUGAUUUUUCCUAGCAUAUACUAUUCAACUGUAAGAAAUGAUAGUUGUGAGACAUAUAUGCACCCAUUUUCAUUGGGAUGAUCUGCUGAUGGGCUUGGUCCCUAUCCAAAGAAUAUUUCAUUAUAAGAUUAAAAUGAUAACUAGUUAGUCAGAAGGAGUCAAACAAUAAAAUUAUUAUGAAAUAAUAAUACAACAAAAUGGUAGAGAAAGCAUGUGGUGUGACUUUUAAUGCUUUUAUCUGUGGCCACAGGAAGAGUCUAUUUUCCCUGUGUAAUGAAUGUAUUUGUGUGUGUGUGUGUGUGUGUGUGUGUGUGUGUCUGCAAGUGUGUGUGCUAUCCUAUUCUUUGAUAUUUCUUAUACCCCAGUAAGUUAGGUCCCAUUCCACUCUGUUCUCAGAAAGUUAAACUGACAGACAAGCCGAUCAAGAGCUAAAUCCCUUAUCUUUCUUUCCAACUUUUGCUUACAAUGUAAACAAUUUAAAAAAGGUUAGGACAUUUCUUCCUUUCUCAUUUUAUACAAAAUUUUAAGUAUGGUCUGAUGUCCUUUUGGUUAAUGGUGAACUUAUUCUUCAUGUCUGGAAGCUUGUGUAAUCCAAAUAGACGAAUUUGCUGGAAAUAAUAAGCACAGAAAAUGCUACUUCUAAGAGUCAUUCAUCUUACUCUGGAAAGAGGCUCACUCAGAGCAGAAGAACCAAUAGCCUUUUGGCAGGCUGGCCCAGACAAAAGUCAGAAAUGCCUCUUUAAAAUUGCAAUUGGAAAUGAAUAUCCAGUCCAGAUACCUUGCAUGCUUUAGCGUCUAUUUGC